CGCCUUUUCCAUCGGCUGUCUCCCACCUCCCUCAAUCCGCGCCGGAGCUGCCCGCCUUUCCGAAUCAACCCGCCUCUUCCCGCCACAAAUAUGGGCCAAGCUGCCAGCCAGACACAGCGGUUGAGAACACAAGCAAUGCCUCUGAUUGACACAGUGUUUGAGUAUCGAUACAGCUAGUCGGUUUGCUCAGCGUGCCUCGCGGGCUUCGGCGGAUCGAUUCGGAAGCGGCGGCUCGAUGGCGCAUUCAUGUCGAUGGGGUUAAAAUGCAGACCCAGGUCAGAUUCGCGCCCGCCAUCGUACUCGGAGCCAUUGUCGCUAAAUCUUCCUGUCCCGACCGCACCCCGAUCCGACGUCCUUUUUGAAAUAGAUCCGAUGGGAUUCAAGGCUCCGACAGGCAAAAACGCAAUUUAUUUGGGAGUGGUCUUUUUCCUUGCUGGCGGUCUUCUAUGGCUCGUCCAACAAGGGUUGAUGCCCACAAAAUACGUGCUCGACGGCACGAUUAUGGGAAGCUCAUGCACGAACGAAGCUUUACUCGUUGAGGAGCUCGUCAAAUGGAGGAAGAUCGCCGGCAAGAUGAUGUGUCGCGACGGAGCUGAUACGGGCCCGACCGGAGGGUGGUGUCUUGUUCCUUCACAAGAAGACUGGGGAAUCCCGUAUCGAGGCCGAGCCGCGGCGAACCAUGUGCCGGCUGACGAAGGAAUCGGGGCAACAAUCGUCAAGUUCCUCGACGGAAGCAGUAUCGUUGACAUCGGAGCCGGCGUUGGCCAAUAUGGCUUCUAUCUGAAAAACCACGGCGCCAAUAUCGAUUACCGCGGAUACGAUGGAGCCGAAAACGUCGAAGAGUACACUGACGGGUUUCUCAAGUGGAUGGAUGCAACCAACCCUCUGAUGGACACCAUCCAAGGCCGCGCCGACUGGGUCCUUUCUCUGGAAAUCGGCGAGCAUGUCCCUGCUGAAAAAACCGAGGAGCUCCUCAACACCUUUGAUCGUCACAACCGCUACGGCGUGAUCCUUUCUUGGGCGGUUAUUGGACAAGAUGGCCAUCACCACAUCAACAACAAGAACAACGAUGAGGUCGUCAGAAUCAUGGAAAACCAUGGCUACUAUCAAGACUCUUGGGCACUCGACUUUCAGAAAGAGGGCCGAGCCGCAGCUCAGUAUUUUUGGUUCAAGAGCACCUUUAUGGUCUUCAAGAGACGCCAUCCUGUUGUCGCCUGAUCGUGGGGCGCUACAGCUCUGAGAAGGAACACACCCGCACAUCUGCUCCACCGCUAUCGCCCAUGAAGUGGUUCACCAAUGAGAAGCAAUCGACUCGUCACCAGCGCUGUUGCCGCCAGUCGUCAUCAGCAAGUUCGCCUUGGGGGGGGGUGGAAAUAUGGCAACAAAUAUACGAGGCCGAUGAUCGACCUGCAUCCUGUGACC